AUGGAGACAAUGGAGACAAUAGAUACCAGCCGACCUCGCCGGCUACACCCUCUCCGAAUCCGAAUCACAACACAUCUUCACAUCCGCCAUCCUCCUCCGAAUUCCCCCGACGUCCCCCUCCUCACAAAUGCGCCCGACACCAAACCCCUCGCAGUCCUUCUUGUCGGCCAAACGGGCGCCGGCAAAACCCGCACCGCCCCCGUCCUCCACGCCGCCCUAGCCCGUCACCGGUCCCACCUCCAGCCCGGCGGCGGCGGCGGCGGCGGCCCAGAGCGCGUGCCCGUACACUUCAUCGCGGACACGUAUAAGCGAUUCCACCCGGCCUACGCCACCCUCGCCAAGCAGGACUCCUUCCUCGCAUCCCGCGCCUCGGGCGCCGACGCGCGGCGGUGGCUCGCCAUGGCCUGCGAAGCUGCCAUCUCGCGCCGCGUCGACGUCCUCCUCGAGAGCGCGUGCCGCCACCCCAACGACUUUAUCGAUCUCGCCAAGGCCUUUCACCGCGGCGGCUACCGCGUCGAGGUCGCCGUGCUCGCCGUCCCCGAGGGGCUCAGUCGCCUGGGCAUACUCACCCGGUUCCAUCGCCAGCUGCCCGAGGCCGGGUCCAAGGGCCUGCCGCUGCGGCUGACGCCCAAGAAGAUCCACGACGUUUCUUACGCGGGACUGGUCGCCUCUGCCGAGUGGAUCGAUGCCGAAGAGGGCGUCGACCAGGUUCUCGUCGUGCGGAGGGGGAACCUUGUCGCCUUCGGGUCGGAGAGGAGGGCCGGCAAGCUCGAGGGGUCCGUGGUGGAUGUGGUGAAGAGGGAAAGGCUGCGCCCGCUCAGCGAAGAAGAGAAGCAUUUGGCCGAGCAAGACAUUGCGUUCCUUGGCGGGGUAGAAGCCGCGGCCGAGGGCCUGGCAGAGGUCAGGGCACUGCUGGCGCCGCUCUGGACAAGAGAGAAACAGGACCAAGAGUUCCCACCCCUGCUUCCUUUGCAAUUCCCAAGUGCGCCGGGUUGUUCUGGCAAGAAGAAUUUCAACGUUAUGCGUCUCGGGGCGUUAGAGUAG